AUGCUCGGGGCACUUUCGUUAAUUUCACUAUUAGCCUUCACCGCUACCGUUAUGGGGGAUAGCGACUCUGAUGCGCUUUACGGUACCUGGACUUCAAAGUCAAAUCAAGUAUUCACAGGACCGGGUUUCUUCGACCCAGUAGACGAGCUAUUGAUAGAGCCUUCUUUGCCUGGAUAUUCGCUUUCAUUCACCAAAGAUGGGUACUUCGAGGAGGCAGCAUACCGUGUGUCAGGCAACCCGCAAGAUCCUCAUUGCCCCACUGCUGUGUUGAUCUACCAACACGGAACAUACGAGGUACAGAGCAACGGUUCGCUAACGCUGACACCUUUCGAAGUCGACGGCAGGCAGCUGCUGAGUAGUCCCUGUACCGAUAACGGUACGUCGGUGUAUUCGCGGUACAAUCAAACGGAGACUUUCAAGAGCUUUCUGGUCCAGUUGAACAACUACCACGGCGUGAAGGAGCUACAACUCUACGAGUUUGAUGGCACUGCCAUGAUGCCUUUGUACUUGGCUUACCAGCCACCCGUGAUGCUGCCUACCAUAACUUUAAAUCCUACGGCGAGUGCUACCAGCACUGAGACAGGAUCGCAUAACAAGCGUUCCCUUAGGGGAUUGGUCAAAAGAGGGCUCGAGAACAGAUAUAAAACCAGCGCCGUGAAACGCAACAGAGAGCCUGUCAAUGCAGCUGCGUACUGGUGGACAUCUGUGGGACUAAUCGCUUUCGGCUCCGCAGUGUUUUUUGUUUUCUGA